ACAGCCACUCACUCCCUGAGCUCAGCUUCCUGGAGUCAAGAUCCCGAUUCUUUCCCCUUGCUGCCAGACACGGAGCAUGGAGCCCCAGCGCCACUGCUGCCUCCUGGGGCUCUGCAUCCUACUGAGUCUGGCUGGAGUUACAGCCCAGAGGAGCCCAAAUGAAGGUGGUAGUAACUGUCCCAAGUGCCCACAGCAUGCCAGGUGUCUCAAUAACACCUUCUGCGCCUGUGAACCAGGAUUCAAGACUACAAAUGGGAAGCAGAUCUUCUCGGACCUACUGGAAGUAUGCGAAGAUAUUAAUGAGUGCGCAGGCCCCAAUGGAGUGAGGUGUGGACCGAACGCAGACUGUAAGAAUGUAGAUGGAAGUUACAGCUGCAGCUGUGUCACCGGAUUCACUCUGCCUUCUGGGGAGAAGGAAUUCAAGAAUUCGAGUGAGAACAAGUGCCAAGACGUGGAUGAAUGUCGGCACAACAGCUCGCUCUGUAAGCCCCAUGGGGUCUGCAUCAAUGUCCCCGGGGAUUACACCUGCACAUGCCUGCCUGGCUUUGGGAAGAGCCAGAAGGACACAUCCAAGAUCUGCACAGAUAUAGAUGAAUGUCAUGCUAAACGGUUUCCCUGCCACAACACUGCCAGCUGUACCAACACUGUGGGCAGUUUUAAGUGCCAUUGUCCAAAAGGUUACAUGCCUGUGCCCGACUCGAAGGACAUGACACCGAACACCAUCUGUCAAGGGAUCUCCUCCUCCUGGAUAUUGCCCCCAGGAGUCAACAGCAAGGUGCGUAGGACCUGA